AUGGCACCGGCUCUAGACGACGCAGAAACCAUCUCUCUGCUGGACUCGAUACAGGUGGAAGCCUUUAGCAGCGACGCGGGGCGAUACGCGGCCAAAGAGGCCGCCCGAAGACUACUCGCCAGGCUAGAGACUCCCUUUGAGAGAGCUUGGGAGCUCGGGUUCGAGACACCAGUGUUGUUAUCUGGGCUGCAGGUAUGCCAGGACCUGGGAAUCUGGGCCAAGUGGCUUGAGGAAGAAACGGCCCACCCGGGCGGCCCAAAGACGCUCGAAAAUCUGCUGGCUAUGGCGACGAGACCGGUAGAGCCAAAUCUUCUUCGCCGGUUUGUCAGACACAUUGCCGCUGUUCACAUCUUGGAAGAGGUUGGUCCCGAUACCUGGAAGUCGACGCCAUUCUCUCGGGCAAUGGGUGACCCAGUGUCCUAUCUAGAUCAGACAGUUCAAUGCGGCAUGGAUCAUACAGUUCCUUGCGGGAUGAACCUGGCCAAGUUUCUGCCCAAAUAUGAUUACAAAGAGCCUCUUGACAUUGCCGAAUUUGACAACUACAGAGAUAUGUCUGGUGACGACUUUUUCACCUACUGCCAAAAGCACACCGGGGCCGGUGGCAGCUUCAUUGGUCUAAUGGCGGCGCUCCGGAACCACAAGAUGGACUGGACACAAGUCUACGACACGACGAGGCUCACCGAGGGCGCCAAUCUGCAAGACGACAGCAACAAGGGCAACCCCGCCCCGCUGCUCGUUGAUGUUGGCGGUGCCCACGGUCUCGACUCGGCCCGGUUCCUCGCCAAGCACCCAGAGCUGCCGGCGGGCGCCGUGGUCCUCCAGGACCUGCCGGACGUGAUUGAAAAGCACAUCCGGCAAGAACUCGACGAGCGCAUCACGCGCAUGCCGUAUGACUUUUUCACGCCGCAGCCGGUCCGGGGCGCGAGGGCCUACUUCUUCCACGCCGUGCCUCACGACUGGCCCGACGCCGACUGCGUGCGCAUCUUUGAAAACGUCAAGGCGGCCAUGACCAAGGGCUACUCCAAGCUCAUUAUCUAUGAGAUUGUGCUGCCGGCGCAGGGUGCGAGCAGCAUGAUGACGACCAUGGAUCUGCAGCUCAUGGCUUGUACUUCUGGUCUGGAGAGGACCGAGGAGCACUGGAGGAAGCUGCUGGGAGGUAUGGGUUUCCAAGUGGUGUCCAUUUCUAGACACCCGAGAGCCCUCGAGAGUGUUAUAGAGGCGGAGUUGGUUUAG